UUAAGAAUAGUUGCCACCCUCUAUUUAAUAAAACGAAGAAGAAGAAGAAGAAGCAGUAGCAGCAACACUAGCUUUAAUACUAAAGCUGGUAGCAGCCUGUGGUCUGAGAGAUGUCUCGAGAACAGCUGGUUGUACAACGGGCCAGGAAGUCAUUCCAGACGGGAAAAACCAAGCCUCUGGAGUACAGAAUCCACCAGCUGAAGAACCUGCUCCGCUUCAUCUCAGAGAGACGGGGGGAGAUUGCAGAUGCUGUCAAACGGGACCUCGGCAAGAGUGCACGUGGGACUGAGCUGUUUGAGACGCUGGGACUGGAGGGAGAGAUCAAUCUGUCUAUGGAGAAGCUGGCAGAGUGGGCGGCUCCUCGGCCCGUAGAGAAGAGCCUCCUCACCAUAUCUGACGAGGUCUAUGUGCAGCCGGAGCCUCUGGGAGUGGUGCUCAUCAUCGGGGCCUGGAACUACCCGUGGGCCGUCACCCUCCAGCCGCUGGUUGGAGCUAUCGCUGCUGGUAACGCUGCAGUAAUAAAGCCAUCCGAGGUCAGCUCCCACUCCGCCAAGGUCAUGGAGGAACUUCUGCCUCAGUAUCUCGACAAAGAUCUGUACCCAGUGGUAACAGGUGGAGUGUCAGAGACCCAGGAGCUGCUGAAGCAAAGGUUUGACCACGUCUUCUACACAGGAAGCAGCACCGUGGGUAAACUGGUGAUGGAGGCUGCGGCUCGCCACCUCACCCCGGUGACCCUGGAGCUGGGAGGGAAGAGCCCCUGCUACAUCGACAAGGACUGUGACAUUCGUAUUGCAUGUCGACGCAUCACUUGGGGAAAGUUUGUCAACUGUGGCCAGACGUGCAUUGCUCCAGACUUCAUCCUGUGUGAAGCCUCCAUCCAGAGCCAAGUAAUAGAAGAGAUCAAGAAGUGCAUCAAGGAGUUUUACACAGAUAAUCCAGAAACGUUUGAGGACUACGGACGCAUUAUAAACCAGCGGCACUUUAAGAGGCUCAUGGCUCUAAUGGAGGGGAGCACAGUGGCUGUUGGUGGAAACAGUGAUGAGUCCCAGUGCUACAUAGCCCCCACUGUGUUAAAGGAUGUGACGGGGGAAUCCACAGUGAUGAGGGAGGAGAUCUUCGGGCCACUUCUGCCCAUCAUCACUGUUAGUGGUGUAGACGAGGCCAUCCAGUUUAUUAACGAGAGAGAGAAACCUCUGGUUAUAUACAUCUUCUCCCAUGACAACAAGCUGAUCAAACGGGUGAUAGCAGAGACGUCCAGCGGAGCUCUGCUGGCCAAUGACUGCCUGGUACACUUCACUGUUGAUGCUCUGCCCUUUGGAGGAGUUGGUAACAGUGGGAUGGGUUGUUACCACGGUCAGUACAGCUUUGACCAGCUCAGCCACCUGCGCAGCUGUCUGAUCAAGCAGCUGAAGAUGGAGGGAGUCAACAGCAUGCGCUACCCCCCCCACACAGCCAAAAAGCUGGGCUGGGCGCGGUUCUUUCUGCUCAAGCGGGUCAACGUGUGCAGGCUGCGGCGCAUGGCACUGCUGGCCACGUUGGCUGGCUUGGCAGCGUUUGCGGUGCAGGAACCUUCCUAUGAAUUUACAGAUACAACUCGGUGUUCCUUUACACUGGUCUGUAAGAUAAAGCAUCACCAUGAGUUAUUGUUGGGACAAAUGCAUAAAAUGCAAUAACACCAUUUUUGUAAGAUUUUGUAAGAGUAUGAAAACAAUAAAACAAAAAUGCAUAUUAAGUAUCAUCCUCAUUAAUAUUAUUAGUGUCGGAUUACAUAACUUUAAAAUCCUUUCUUGGAGUCUGGUCAUUUUUCUGAAUAAAAAGCCCGUCUAUCACACCAUGGGUUAGUGAUCAACCCAACGACCGUAAGCUUUGGUGACAACUUCUCAUCAAAAUGACCAAUGGUUGCCAAUGUUGCUGCUAGUAAGACUCCUGUUACCUUCGAGGGCAACACCAUUAAAGUACUGUAUUAAAAAAUAAGACCAAACUAGAAAUGUGUUUAUUAGUCUUUUAAAGCUUUCUCCUCCUGUCCAUUGGUUCCUAUUGAAGAUGUAAAUCUUCUAGUAAUGUAUCGUUUCAUUUUUUAAAAGGCUCGGUGACGAUGAGAGCCAGGCGCUGUAGCUUUAAGCAAAGAGAAGUGCGUUUGAUGGGGACUGUUUUAAAAAGACUUUAGUCAACAGUGGAGCUCUAUGGCUCAGAGGAAUACGAUAUAUCAGGCUUUGGAUAGACACAGUACUUGUUAGUAACACCAAUCCAUUGAUGGUUUUGGUGUUUUCAUUUGUUGAGUCCAAGAAAAAUACAGAAUCCUUAAACCAUAUCCUUCAAACUGUUGUCAUGCUAGAGGGAUAAUGUGCAUCGUUCUUGUGUGCUGAACCUGGUGCAGUGUUUCCACAGUCACCGACUUAUUUAAAGGGCCAGUGUGUAGGAUUUAGGGGUAAUAUGAUAUUCAUAACUAUGUUUUCAUUUGUGAAACUAAGAAAAUGAGUUUUCGUUAGCUUAGAUUGAGCUGUUCAUAUCUACAUCUUGACAUGCACAACUGAGCAAGGAGAAGCUCUGAUCACAACACACAGAGCUAGAGCGACAGCUGAUUUGGGAGUGAAGAGUCUUCCUGACCGGCAGGCCCCAGCAGCCACACCUCAUCACUGGUGCACCACAGGGCUGUCUGCUCGGCCUCCUUCUGUGCUCCCUGUUCACUUACGACUGCAUGGAUUUUUUUACACUGAAAUGACAACUGACACAUAAGCAGAGAAAGCAACGGUUUUAAAGUUCAGAAACAAUAUGAUUGGCCCAGCGAGGUUGUUUUAAAUUCUGACUUGAAAGAGUGCACGCUCAUGGCCAGCUGACUGAGUAGAGUUAAGAGAGUGGGAGACGGAGUGAGUGUGUGAACGAAUGAGGGCAUGAAGAGUCUUCCUGACUGAAUGUCCGCUCUGCUAAUUUGUGUCACAGAAAGCCUGUUUGUUGACUAGUACACUUGUGUAAACACCAUAAAGAAAUUGUAUUUGAAAGCCAAAAGACGGAACCUGCUCCUCACCGGUACUCUCAGAUCUACCGUUUUACUCUUUGUACCUUGACUUUUGUUUGUGCACUGUAGUAAUUCUAACGGUCCAAAAUGAUGUGAAAUGGCAUAGUUUAAGUCAAAGACCAUAACAUUAACUUGGGGAAGAACUCAAUAACUCUUUAUCGUUUAUUUAUUGUGGGAAUUCAGAAUGUUUGCUCCUAAUGCCGGCUGAUACCGGCAGAUACACACCAGCAUGUGAAUGACGGGAGUUUCUUGCACUUGUUUAUUUCCACUGCAAGCAUGAAGUACUUGAAUGGUUGGUAAUAACUCCAUAAUAAAGUUUAUAAUAUAUAUAAUUAACCUUGAAAAGGCAUUGUUCUUGCCGCAGAAAGCGUAGUUGACUGUUAAUAAUUGCAUAAUAAAGGCUUUAUUAACCUUAACAAGGCAUUGGUUUUGCCCUAGAUCCGGUAGCCAUAAAUAUAGUUGACUCUUAAGUGUAGUUAACUGCUAAUAAAUGGAUGAUUAAGUAUGUAUUAAUCUCAAUGAAGCAACAAAAAGGCUGAGUAAAGGUUUAACAAUGACAUAAAAGGUAAACUCAAAUGUUUGUGACACUAUUACAAGGCUUUUAUUAACGUCUAUAAACAGUCAAGCUUAUAAGUGCUUAUAAUUGUCUUAUAAUUUAACAUUACAUGUGUUUAUGAUGCUAUUAACAAUUAUAUCGUCUUUAUACACUGUUAUUACACAUCUUAUAAAGGCCUUAUUACCUGUUAAAUAAUGCUCCUUACAAGGACCUUUUAUAUAAAGCAUCACUGAAUGGUUCUGCUCAAAAAUGUGUCUUCAAAAAUCAAAAAGAUCCACCAUGUUAUUCUAACAACAGUAAAUGUAAUUCAUCUGUGCUUGGUUAUUAACUAGGCUACUUCUGUUUGGUGGAGUUAUUCAGAAACACUUAUUUUAAUUAGUUAUGUAGGUGAAAACUUUGUGUCAUUUAAUUACAUUGUGUAAUUGGGUCAUGUUUGACAUGUUAGAAGCAGAAAUUAUUGCUUUAUGUAUAUUUUCUGAGACAGAACACAUAACGUGUGUUUCGGCUAUUACACCAUAAAAGACAGAUGUUUGACCCGGGGAUAAUUGCAAAGGUAAUCAAGGUUCUAUGUGAUCCCUGGCAACAUCAAGUAACAUAUUUAAAGUAUACCAUUAUAUACUUAAUGGAUGAAGGUAAAUAAUUGGUAAUAAUUUAUGUUUACAUUGGUUUUCUGGGGCAUUCUUCAAUAUAAAACUAUUAGAUAUGAUCUGUGUUAAAUAUAUAUUUGCACUUUAAGGGCAAUAACUUUCUAAAAAUCCAAACAAAGUCAAUCAACAUUUGUCAUCAUUGAAUUUUCUGCACAAGUUAGUUUAAGUAACAUGUUUUACCACGAGAUCCAUGAUGCAUAUCAGCUCAUAGAUUGAAACCUUGAGGUCCCCAGACUUCUGUACUUAUUUCAAAUGUUAAAGCGUCCCACAUCCACACAUUAUGGUCAGUAUUCUCUGCAGCAUGUUGCAUGAAGUGGCCUGGUGAAGCACUUUGGUACUUCUGUACCUCUGAAUAUGAACACGUGUGUUAGGGUUAGCCACGUGCCUAGUGGCUGCAGCACCUGCACUGGAUAGUAUGCUCCCUCCAUCACCUCCUGAUCCGCCUCCUGUGCUGUGUCAGCUCGGCUUUUCACCCUGGUUUGCUACAGUAUAUAUUUUAAUAUAUAAUGAAAGAGGGUAUUGGGACCAAUAAAAAAACAUGAAACCUUGUUAUUGAAAUUUCUGCUGGGUUGGGCCCUUUUAGAGUUUGAUUUAUUGGACUAUUCUUAAUUUAGGUGGUGUUCUCUUUCGACACCACUUGAUCAUUGUGUUGCCCUACAGCCAUUGGAUGACUGGUGGCCGUGGAUCAGAGAUCUUCCAAUCAGAAGAUGGGCGGUUCAUAUCAAUGUGUCCCUGGGCAAGACACUUAACCCCGAAGGCUGUCCCAUCGGUGUACGAAUAUGAAUAUGAUUGCAAUAUGAUGCAAUGGGUGUGAAUGUGUUUAGUCCUGAUGUGCAGGUGGCACAUUGCGUGGCGGACCUUGCCAGCAGUGUGGGAACGGUUGGGAAUGGGUGAAUGAUGACCUGUAGCUUAAAGGCGCUGUACUUAAAGUCUGUUUACCAUUCAGCAUGUCACUAAUGACUUGUCUUACAGAACAAGAUGUAGUUGUCCUGUAAGUGCUAAUUCUUUGUUAAUAAUUGACAUACUUUAUUAUCCCAUCGUUUCACCCAGGACUCAAACGUGAGACUGUAUUCAGUAUUAAUCAGUGCCAGCAUGACUGGAGAAAGGCUGAUGGUAUCAUAUUCACCUUAACAGCAGGAAAUCUUUGUGUUUUAUGCAACAGUUAUACUUUAUGUAACAAUUGGAAAAACUAUUAUUUUGACGAGAGAUGUGUAUUUUUUAACAGUAGGGUAUUUGUGUGAUGACCUUUUAAAUAACGACAAAAUACAGUUUCUCAAGAUAACCAGAUAUUCGUACCUCCCCCCCAUACCCACAAUCCUACAGGCCUGUACCGUCUUACAACAAUGGCUUUGUCUACGGCAGACAAUGUGUGGUGUUGUCCAAGAAAUCUAACCUCAUAAUGCCCCCCCAUCUACCCUCCCUUUAAUUACCCAGCAUGCUCCACUGUCCUCUGCUAAAUGGCCCCUUUUGUUUUGGUCCACCCCACCACCUUUGUUGACAUCUACACUUGUGCUUCUGUGAGUAAUGAAACUAUCUGUUAUCCAUGUGUCUCAAACUGUCUCUUUACACUUGUAUGGAUCUCCCGUU